AUGAGGAGUAGCCGGGGUAUUUUGUUCCUUAGUGGAGCUUUCGCCAUACGUGGCAUGUCUGCAUACCACAGCUAUCAACGGCUUGACACAGUAUCCCACACCAGCAAGGUGUACUCACUCCAAAUGCAGCGGCAGACCGUACACUUCACCCCCAUAACUCGACUUGGUGUAGAGGCAACUGCAAACCCGACAACAGCCACUAAUGCAACAGGGCAGACGGGGGAUGGCGACGGGGCCACUGCCCUGGACGUGGCAAUGCGUGUUAACAAACUCAAACGCCUCCACCAAACGGGAGGUGGGCCCAGUGGAAAGAAGCAGGUCGAGUUGGAUGCUUGGCGAGACCUGAACAACCUCACCGAGGCACAGAUAAAUUCUGCUGAAGGAAAGGCGGUGUCGUUACUGCUUAAUUCGUGGGCGUACUUCGCUAAGUACUGGGAAAAGGGUGCUGAAGGACCGUCUGCCAGCCUCUCUGAAGUCACUCCCUCCAAUGAUAGCAGUAGUGCGGGUGAACACGGUACACAGUAA